AAUUUAGCAAUGUAUUAAGCCUUCAAUAUGCAAAUUGUGGAAAUUGCUCAGUAGACUGUAUGGAAAUUGACCCUAUGAUUCCAUGUUUCCAUAAACAGAUAUAAAAAUGCCAAAAGUAAAGACAAAUCGUGUUAAAUACCCAGAGGGUUGGGAGUUAAUUGAGCCUACACUGCGUGAACUCCAAGCAAAGAUGAGGGAAGCUGAGAAUGAUCCACAUGAUGGAAAAAGAAAAUGUGAGACAUUGUGGCCAAUAUUUAAGAUUGCACACCAGAAGAGCCGCUACAUAUUUGACCUCUAUCAUCGGAGAAAGGAAAUUUCUAAAGAACUGUAUGAAUUUUGUUUAGAUCAAGGAUAUGCUGAUCGCAAUCUAAUUGCCAAAUGGAAGAAGGUACCUAAAAUAUGUUUUUAUUCUAUUUUUGAAAAAACUUUUGGUUUUUUAUUUUGUUUUUCAUAGGAGAAGAAAGUUCAUCGAAGUUCGACUAGAAGGAGGACGAGAAAUCCUUUAGUUUUCUAUA